AUGGGUUCUUCCAAAUACAUUUCUGACCAGGAGUCAUUCGAUGGGAGUCUUUUGAACACAAGCAGCAACUCUCGCCUCUUUCAUGUAUACCAUACCCUAUGGCACAAUGAUUACACCGUGACUUCGGACGACAAGGCCCCCCUUUUCUUUGUGGAUAACUCAAGUUUCACCCCAAAGAAGCCUGACCUCACAUUCCAUGCUGGCGCUGAUAAGAAGGCCCCUAUUGUGGGCGUCUCCAAAUUCCUACAUUUUUCAAGGCACAUCAAAGUAGGGCUCGGCGACCCGCAGAGUAUCAAUCACGUUGAGUGGGAGGACCUUGUCUCUCAAAACAUCAGAUGCAACAAAUACCGCUGGCAAAUGACCGUCCGGGGUGCCUCUGGAGCAGAACGACGGUCUUUUAUGUGGAAGAGAACACACUCUGUUGCAGUCCAAGGCUCCUCCGCUACCAAAUGGAGUAGUCGCAACUUCAAGCUGGUCGAUGAGCAAACCGGUCAGAUUGUUGCAAUAUUUACGAGCACUGCAUUUAAAAGUGUCAAGAAAAGUGGCAAACUCCAAAUCGACUCGGCGAACUAUGGCGAGGAGUUUGACCUGAUGGUCCUCAUUACUGGGCUUUCUCUCGACUGGGAAAUUCUCCUACGCUUGGACGAAUAUAUUACCUCUCUUCAAAGAGAUGCUCUUGCACCCCUCGAACGACUAAGUGAGCUGAAUGUUUAUCGUGGUGCACAAGACCCGACGCAUGAUACCGACAUCUACAAUAGAACUAUUGACAACCUGACGGAUAUAACGGCUGCAGCCUACGGUGGUUUGACUUCAACCAUUGUUACCGCGAGGUGGGCAAUAAGAUUGAAACCCAAGUUUGUGAACCAGAUUCGGGAAUGUAGCCCUCUAGCUCUCAUUCUAGCGCAUCUUUGCGCGGUUCUUUGUCGCCUUGAGUAUGACUGGUUCAUCGACCAGUGGGUUUUCAGGCUACCAAGGGCAAUAUGGCAGAUCCUGGAUGACCGCUGGAAACCAUAUGCCCCGUGGCCCAUCGUAGAAAUCUUUGGACAGGAUCUCCUCAGCGAAAUUAAAGCAUAUUAA